AUGGCGGGCGGCGCGGGCUGGGCGGGCGCCCCCGCGGCUCUGCUGCGCUCCGUGCGCCGCCUGCGCGAGGUAUUCGAGGUGUGCGGCCGUGACCCCGACGGCUUUCUGCGGGUAGAGCGCGUCGCGGCGCUGGGACUGCGCUUCGGCCAGGGCGAGGAGGUAGAAAAGCUUGUGAAAUAUUUGGAUCCCAACGACCUGGGUAGAAUCAACUUCAAGGACUUUUGCCGUGGAGUGUUCGCCAUGAAAGGGUGUGAGGAGCUGCUGAAGGACGUGCUGUCUGUAGAGAGUGCAGGGACUCUGCUGUACGGGCCUGAGAUCCCAGACUGUGUGGAGCAGGGCAGUGAGGUCCCAGGCCCCCCCUUUGCUGAUGGCGAGCUCAUCUCCGGGGAGCCUGGCUUCUUUCCUGAGGAUGAGGAGGAGGCUAUGACGCUGGCCCCACCGGAGGGCCCGCAGGAGUCGGACAUGGACAGCCCCAUGGAGAGCACCCAGAGCCUGGAGGGGUCGGUUGGAAGUCCAGCUGAGGAGAAGGACGGGGGGCUCGGAGGCCUGUUUCUGCCAGAGGACAAGUCCCUGGGCCAUACUCCGUCCAUGACGACGUCGGACCUCUCCACACACUCCACCACCUCGCUUAUCAGCAACGAGGAGCAGUUUGAAGACUACGGGGAGGGAGAUGACGUGGACUGUGCCCCCAGCAGCCCCUGCCCCGACGACGAGACCAGGACCAAUGUCUACUCGGACCUGGGGUCUUCAGUGUCUUCCAGUGCGGGGCAGACACCUAGGAAAAUGCGUCACGUGUACAACAGCGAAUUGCUGGACGUUUAUUGCUCACAGUGCUGCAAGAAAAUAAACCUGCUGAAUGAUUUGGAAGCCCGGCUGAAAAACCUAAAGGCCAACAGCCCCAACCGAAAGAUCUCUAGCACAGCCUUCGGACGGCAGCUCAUGCACAACAGUAACUUCAGCAGCAGUAACGGCAGCACCGAGGACCUGUUCCGGGACAGCAUUGACUCCAGUGACAACGACAUCACAGAGAAGGUGAGCUUCCUGGAAAAGAAGGUGACGGAGCUGGAGAAUGACAGCCUGACCAACGGGGACCUGAAGAGCAAGCUGAAGCAGGAGAACACCCAGCUGGUGCACAGGGUACACGAGCUGGAGGAGAUGGUGAAGGACCAGGAGACCAUGGCCGAGCAGGCCCUGGAGGAGGAGGCACGGCGCCACCGCGAGGCCUACAACAAGCUGGAAAGAGAGAAGAGCACCGAGAUUGAGCUGCUCAACACACGGGUACAACAAUUAGAGGAAGAAAAUACAGAGCUUAGAACGACAGUGACUCGGCUCAAGUCACAAACUGAGAAGUUGGAUGAGGAGCGGCAGCGCAUGUCUGACCGGCUGGAGGACACCAGCCUGCGGCUCAAGGAUGAGAUGGACCUGUACAAGCGCAUGAUGGACAAGCUGCGGCAGAACCGCUUCGAGUUCCAAAAGGAGCGGGAGGCGACGCAGGAGCUCAUUGAAGACUUGCGGAAGGAGCUGGAGCACCUGCAGAUGUACAAGCUGGACUGUGAGCGGGCAGGCAGGGGCCGCAGUUCAUCAUCCAGCCUGGGCGAGUUCAAUGCCAGGGCCCGAGAGGUGGAGCUGGAGCAUGAGGUCAAGCGGCUCAAGCAGGAGAACCAUAAGCUGCGGGAUCAAAAUGACGACUUGAACGGACAGAUCUUGAGCCUCAGCCUCUAUGAAGCAAAGAACCUCUUUGCCACCCAGACCAAAGCCCAGUCUCUGGCUGCGGAAAUAGACACAGCUUCACGAGACGAGCUAAUGGAAGCCCUGAAGGAGCAGGAGGAGAUCAACUUCCGCCUGAGACAGUACAUGGACAAGAUUAUCCUCGCUAUCCUGGACCAUAACCCCUCUAUCCUGGAGAUCAAACACUGAGACAAGGGGGCUGGCUGCAGAGUGGCCUUGGGACCCAGGGACCGUGGGGCAGACCCUGCCCGAGGUGCUGGCCCAGAGCCCGGGCCUCACACUCACACUGUAAAUGGAUCUCUGGCCACCGUGUGUGACGUGUACUGGUGUAUGUGUGGGACAGCCUGUGUCCGAGCGUGGGGGUGUGGCUGCGGGCUCUGCUCACGGCACGUGGAUGAUGCCUGCGCCGUUAGGUGUUCAUGCACUUUGUAAUACCUUUGCAAGGGGCAGAGGGUGCUGGAGGUGGGAGGUGGCAAGGUCUGCUCUCAUGAGUUACUGUAAUAACAAGAACUGGAUGCUUGUGUCUUAGAUACUGGAUAAAAUGAUUCUACCUCUGGGGAUAGGGAUGAAAAACUACUCUGAGAGAGGCCCUUUUAUUUUAUUUUAUUUUUAUUCCCCCUGGGAGUAGGAGCAAAACUAUCAUCUCUUCUGGAGUUUGAGUGCUCAACAGCUGUGUCAUCGCCAACUUCUUUGGCCUGGAUCAGGCCACCUCUCAAGCCCAGGGGUUCAGGCUCAAAGGGGAAGAGGGUGCUCCCCAAGCAGGGCCCACUGUCCAGGCGCCUCUGUGUGCCACGUGUUCAGUGUGACCAGAGGAUACGGAUUUGCACAGGACCUGAGGCUGCAGAAUACAGCUUCACUCUGCAGAGUUCCUGGCAUUUUUUAUGUUCUCCAGGUACUUCCUCAACCCUGCUUACCUACCUCCCCUUUCUGUUUGUUUUCUUUUUAAGACAAUGAGAAAUAAGCAGCACUCACUUGGGUGUAAAAUGAAAAGAGAAAAGGGGGUCGAUGGAUGGGUGUGUCCGUGGCAUCUGUUGGCAUCAAGCAACCAAAUAAGUGAACUUUGGGGAGGAGAGGAGUCCACGUGCCUGUCAGUUCCUCCCCACGGCGACAUUUUAAGAGUGAGAUGCAGGCCUGUGAGCUAGCCCUGUUCUCCAAUCAGCUUGAUGAUGGCAGGCUUUAGGUUUGGUUUUCAAAAUCUAAGCUCUGGGCUCAGCUGGGUAAAAAGAGCCCUUUGUUCCAUUUUGAGAAACACACCUUAUUCAGUUCUCAGCCAGGGGGAUGAGUGCCUGCUGGUGGGGGGAAACACAGCUGGGGAACCCUUAGUCUUCCAUCCUCUGACACUAGAGAUUUUUAAUGUGCUCUUUUGUUCUAGACACGUGGGGUACUGUCUUAGUUAAUUUAGUGCUGCCGUAACAGAAAUACCACAAGUGGAUGGCUUUAACAAACAAAUUUAUUUUUUCAUAGUUUAGGAGGCUAGAAGUCCAAAUUCAGGGUGCCAGCUCUAGGGGAAGGCUUUCUCUCUCUGUCUGCUCUGGAAGAAGGUCCUUGUCUCUUCAGCUUCUGCUUCCAGGUUCCUUGGAGAUCUCCAUGUCUUGGCAUCUGUCUUAGGCCAUCUCUGCUCACUCACUUGUUUAAUCUCUUAUAUCUCAAAAGAUAUUGACUCAAGAUACACCCUACACUAAUCCUGCCUCAUUAACAUAACAAAGCCCAUUCCCAAAUGGGAUUAUAAUAUAACCACAAGCAUAGAGGUUAGGAUUUACAACCCAUAUUUUGGGGGGAUGUAAUUCAAUCUGUAACACUACACUCUUUGACCCCCCAAAAUUCAUGUCCUUGCGACAUGCAAAACACAUUCACCCCAUCACAUCAUUCCAAAAGUCUUAAAUCAACUCCGAGUCCAAAAUGAAAACAAAACUUAAAAGAUUUGGAAAAUCAUUGUACAAACUAAGGACAUGUGUCCUAGAACAUGUGUCUAAGGACAUGGCUGCACAGUCUUCUGUUAAAGAGAUUAAGCCUAUGACUGAUGGAUCUAACCAACUACCACAGCAGAAAACCCAUCAGCUUAGACUGAAGGAGAUAGAGAAAGAAUGAGAGGAAAGAAUGCUGUUUGCCUCUUGGAUUCUACAGGCAGGAAACAGGCCAAAAGAGUUACAUCUGUUAUCCUUCAAGAAAAGAGAAGGACCAUCCCUGGAGCAGCUCAGAGAUCAGCAGAACUGUUGGAAGGAGCGCAGGAAGCAGGGCUGCGUUGGUUUCCUCCAGAGCCCACAGAGAGAGAGCCUUCCCCUAGAGCCGGCACCCUGAAUUCAGACUUCUAGCCUCCUCAACGGUGAGAAAAUAAAUUUGUUUGUUGAAGCCGUCCACUUGUGGUAUUUCUGUUUUGGGAGCACUAGGUAACUAAAAGAAGUACUUUCUUUGAGUUUUCUAGUUUGUCUUAAUUUUAUAUGGCUUGUGAUUCGUUUCCUUCACCCAAAUACAUGUAUAAGCAUGUAUGGUCUUAUUUUUCCCCCUGCAGUUUUUGUCUUCUUCAGCACUUCUAGUAUAUAAAGGAAGGUUUGGGCAUGUUGGGGAGGGGAAUGCAGGGGCGUGCAAAGAGAAGAGAGGGUGGGAGAGGGUGAAGAGGGGACUUGAGGAUGUGGGUAUGUUCCCUGCUCGCGAAGGCAGGGCUGUGGCCAGGACCAAUCUUCAUUCCAACCCGGUCAACUUUUGCUUCCGUUAGCUUUCAGUGAUUUCUUUUUUAAGCAUAUGUGUAGGAUUUGUUUCAUGCUGCAAAUAAAGGGGCUGAAUUGACUGACCCCUGGCCUAGUCUACCUGUUAGGGGUGGCCCCAAACCUCUGGAUCAGACUUCUGGGAGUCUCAACCCCUUAGGACACUGGCCUCCCUGGCUCCCUCAGGGUCUGAGAUACAGGCAGUAGAAAAGAAGCAUGAGGAGUGGGCCUCUAGAGAAUUCGCCAAUAGGAAGGAAUGACCAUGAAUUAAAGGAAAGACGAUGAAUCAGAACGAGGCGUUGGCCUGGGUUUGCAUCAGUAGGGGUCCUGCAGAGAGUCUGCCAAGGUUAAGGGAUGGGCCUGGUGUGUGAGAGGGCUCACCCCAGGGAAAGGAAGUUUUAGAUAAGCCUUUUGUAUAUAAAAUUUUAUAUGCUCCUUAGCUGCCUGGGUAAUGCAGUGGUUAAGAGCUCAGAUGCUAACCAAAAGGUCGGCAGUUUGAAUCCACCAGCUGCUUGUUGGAAACCCUAUGGAACAGUUCUGCUCUGUCCAGUAGGGUCCCUAUGAGUCAGAAUCAGCUCCGCGGCAACGGGUUUUUGAUUUUAGCUGCUUUAGGAGUUCCUGAGUGGCACUAACGGUUAGGCACUUGACAGCUAAUCAAAAGGUUGGCAGUUUGAAGCCACCCAGAAGCACUUUGGAAGAAAGGCCUGGCAGUCUGCUUCCAAAAUGUGACACCCUUGAGAACCGUAGGAGCACAGCUCUACUCUGAAGCGCCCGUGAUCACUGAGUGGGAAUCAACUUGACAGCAACUAAUCUGGUUUUGGGUUUUUUAGCUGCUUUGGUGUGAAAUUCCAGAGAAGGCAGCAGUGGCCUGAGUUAGAGUGUCACACAUAACAGCUAGCCAGCACCAGGCAGAAAUUCCUUCCUAGCACAGCCAGAGGGAGGAGGGCAGGAAAGCUGUCGGCCUGCGCCGUUCUACCCAGUUCUCCCUCGAGGGGGCGCCGCGGGGACGGACUCCUGGCCGCGUGCAGUGCGGAAGGAUCCCUGGAAGAGGGCAGUCCGUGGUUCCCAGACCUGGGUGGGAGGUUGAAUCCCGUGUAACACAAACCUGAAGUUAAAGGCGACCUUCUUACUUUCUUCAGCCAAGAAACGUUUCUUAUCAAACCUAGUCUGUCAAAUUGGCUUUUUAAGAUCAUUUUCAUUAUCUUCGGGGCUUGAAAGCUAACCUGAAUGGGGGAGGCAGAUGCCCCAGGGGUCCCAGACCCACCGCCCCUGGGCAGGUUGCAGAGCUUCGGGGAAAAGAAGGGAGUUUCGUCAGUGUUUUCUGACUCUUUGUUUUGUUUUUUAGUUGGGAGUUGAACUUCCAUAAUACGUAGUGUGCCCAGUUAAAAUUGAACUUCAGAUAAACAACAAAUAUAUACAUAUGCGUAUAUGUAUAUAAAAUAUAUAUAUAUACAGGUAUUUUAGUGUAUGUUCCAUGCAGUAUUUGAGACAUAUUUAAAAUGGAGAGAUCCUUAAAAAUUCUGAAGACUGGGCUGAAUCAUCAGAGGUUUGGGUUUAAUUCAUGUAGGGUGUGGCCAAGGCAUCAGGAAUUUUAAGGGCUCUGCAGGUGAUUCUAAUUUAACUGUGUGUCAGUGCGGGUUUGUUGUUAAACCUGGCAGCCCUACCAGGUAGGGAUGAGAGUCUGAACUUUAGUUUUCUUGGGGCGGGAGUAGAGGGGGCCCCUGCAGUAGACUCCCAUUUUACAUGACACUGGGCUGUCCUUGCAUUCAAGGGGAAGUCAAACCGAACUGGCUGAACCAGCCAGUGGGUUUUCUGUAUCUAGUGGGUUAGUAGAAAAAAGGAAGACCCUCAACGAAGUGGAUUGACACAGUGGCUGCAACAACGCGCUCAACCACAAUAGCGAUUGUGAGGAUGGCGCGGGACCGGGCAGUGUUUCAUUCUGUUGUGCAUGGGGUCACUGUGAGUCCGAACUGACUCGAUGGCACCUACCAACUACAACAACAAUAGAAAAGGAAGCAGCUUCUGGUUCAUCUAGGCCCUAUACCGUGGGAGCAUAUAAGAAAUAAAAGUUCUAGUGAAAAUAAGACUUUAUUGUUUGAACCGGCCAGACCCAAGUUACUUUAUUUUAGUACUGUAAAUUUGUAGCUUUGGUGGAGAAUUGUCAGAGGGAAAUUCCUUUUUCUUGAUCUUAUUUCUGACCCAUGAAGAACACAGAUAAAGCUCGGGAACCUCCCAAAGCACAAAGUCCUGAGUAGGGGUACUGUGCUUUGGCGGUGUGUGGACUUGCCUGGAGAGACCUUUGUUUAUUUAUUUUUAAAUUUUUAUUGUGCUUUAAGUAAAAGUUUACAAAUCAAGUCAGUCUCUCAUAUAAAAAUUUAUAUACACCUUGCUAUAUACUCCUAAUUGCUCUCCCCCUAAUGAGACAGCACACUCCUUCCGUCCACUCUCUAUUUUCAUGUCCGUUUGAUGGAGAGACCUUUAAAUCUAGGUGAUUGGGCUGGGCCCCCAGAGGUUCUGGUUUUAUUGUGUGGGGUGUGGCUCAGGUAUCAGGAUAUUUGAAGAGCUCGCAGGUGAUUCAGGUGUUCAGUCCAAGGUUGAGACCACUCCAUCCUAGAAGUUUGCUGGCCAGAGGUAGAGAAAACAAAUGGCCGUUGGGCUUGUUAAGGCAGGUGCUGAGUAGCAACAGCAAGUUGUACUGCGUUCCAAAUGGCUUUUCCUCUUUCACCAUCCAAUGAUGAGAAGUCCUUUUGUCCCCAGGAUGGGAGGCCAGAUGCUAUCAGGAGCUGGUGGACCCAGCUGUUCUUACCAGCUUGGAGGUUAGUAAUCCUGAGUGGAUAGGCAGAAUCUCUGCCUAAUGUUGGGGGAGUCAGUGGGUGACAUGUAUUGGGAUACAUUGGCCAUGGGUCCUCGUGGUACAGGAGGGCACAGUGUGGGUGCUCCUGUUACAGUGAAGGUUUUAGUAACCCACAUAGGCCUCCAGAGGCCAGGAGAGCUGGGUAAAUGAAGACUUUUUGUGCCCUGUGUGAACGUGUUAAUGCAUUAGCAAGUUCAACCUAAAAGUUAACGCUAGAUGUGACUGUGACGGGGACGUUCGGGUGGUCGCUGUGUCAAGGUUGCCUGGCAGAAUCAUGGGGGGCUGAAGUGGCUUCUGGGCUGAGGAGAGGGACCGUUCAGGACUUCAUGGCAGGCGUCCUCCAUGGGCUUUCUUACCCUGCCUUUCCCUUUGGGAGACAUCGCCUCCCCCCCCCCCCCCACGCCCCAUAGGGUGAUACUUCAGGCUAGUGACACUGAGGCCUGCCCCGCUGACCAAGGGACCACAGCUCCCUGGUGACUGAGCAAGUCCCUUCCCCACUGCUGACUGUAGGGGCCUCUGGGUCCUAAUGUCUUGUUCUAGCUGAGGUGUGCGUGAAUGGAGCAGGAAGCAGGAGUGGCCUGAACCGUGGGUCUGCCCUCCCUCCUCGCCUGGCAGGGCAAUACGAGGCCCUGCUGCCAUAUUCUUUGUUGCCUGCUCAGGAAAAUAGGCUGCUUUCCAGAAGGGUUUGUUGCUAAGAGCGUAGACCCUGAUGGAACACGAUGCCACCAACCUUACUGCGCAUGAGGCUUCCCACGUGAUGUGGCGUUGGUGCUGCAGGGCUGACGUUGUGAUACCCAUCUCUUUCCAUUGUGGCCGUAACAUAGGAACGUCUGUCUGGCAGCCACCAGCAGGGGUGCUGGCAGCCACCAGCAGGGGUGGUGGUGGCCGAGGAUGGCAUCCCAGGGCCACUCCUGCAGGAUCUCUGUGCUGUUGUCCUGGGGUGACCCUGCCACCUGCUAGGACCUGUCUGCUUUGCUGUGCUUCACAGGCCAUGUCUUUGCAUGGUUUGGGGUCUUUGUCCUUGUGCCUUCUUCCCUAACACCACUGUACAGGAUCUCCCAAGUUACCCCUGCCUUCUUUUCUACACCUUCUCUUUUACCCUGGCCUUCCCGAGCCCUGUAAAUGCACAUACAGCGUCCCACUCUGUCCCCAUGUACCAGCGGCAUGAGCCGAGUGACACAGAGACCUGCUCCCCUGGCCAGGCCUCCCAGCACGUUUAUCCAUGGGAGCCAGCCUCCACUCCCCUUUCACUCACUCAGCCAUGCAGACUGGGUAACUUUGUACACAGUUUGUUGUUCUUGUAAGUUUGGGGGCCUAGGACCCACUUAGUCCCUCACCCAGCCUGUGCCUACUUUAGAAGCCUUGCAUCCCAGAAAAGAGUAACAUUUUGUCAAGCAAACGCUCCCUCGAACCUCUUCCUGUGUUAGUGUCUGUACUUGUAGAAGGCAGCCCGCACCUUUUUAACCUGGGGCCUUGGCCCUACCAGGGAUACCACGGGGUCUGCAGCAGCUACAUGGCCACCUUGGAGGACGCACCCCCAACCCCAUCCUCCAGAGGAAGUCCCGCUGUGUGGCUCCGGGUGCUUGGCAUUGGGGUCUGGGUUUAGGGCCAUCUGGUGUCCAGAGCAGCUGGGACGCCAAGUGGGCAGAAGGAAGAGGUUUUUGUUGCUGCCCCUGCCUGCCAUUAACAACUGCCAGGCUCUUCCUUGUGUGCCGACGGUGCUCAGGCCAGAGUGCUAUUCCAUUCUCGACUGAUCUCAAGACCUCCAUUAGACCAUGCGUCACUGAGGACUUGAUCAUGCCCACUGGCUCCCUUCCUUCCAGUUGUUCUGCUCUCGGCUGACUCUCCUGGGGCCACAUACCAACAGGGUUUGUCAGGUGGCUUCUGAGUUUCCUGGGGUUCAACUUGACUGCCCCAGGAGCCUCCAUCUGAGAAUGCGCUUGGCUUUGGGGCUGGGGUGGGGCCUCCACCUCUAGGCCCCAGUGUGGGGAGAGUGUGAUGUGAGGGCACAGGCUGCAUCCUAGGGGCCUAGCUCUUUGCCACCAGCCUGCUUCUGUCCAAAAAGGACAGGCUCUCAAAGGCAAGGCUCUUCCAGGGAACUGUAAUGUACAGACCAAGGUGUAAAUAAACAGUUUGCUUUUCUUGCCUGACUUAAAAGUGAGUUUCUGUGCUGGGGGACCAAGGGAGGAAGAGGUGAGGCCUGGUUCCAGAGCUGUGGGACCAGACAGCCUCAGUAUGGGAUUCCCCCGGGGUGGCCAGUGCUGUCGUCCAGGGCAGGGUAGAGCAGGGUGCCCUAGGUUUAGCCACUGCCCCUAGGAGAAGUCGUAUAAUGCCACUGCUCCAGCCAUGGGGUUCUGACGAUGUUUGAGAACUUUGUCCUCCCUGCAACCGUUUUCUCUUUCCCACAAGGUUCUCCCAGGGGCCUCUGCUUGCUCUGGGCACUCUGGUGGUGCCCCAGUGCCCACACUUCCUCUCUCCAUGUCAGUCCCCAUGACUUGUCUAGGUCACAGGCCCAAGUCUUCCACUCCAGCCUGGUGUCUG